AUGAACUAACAAUAAUAUAAUGAAAUGUUUACGGCAUUCUAAACCAAUAAGAUUUUAGUUGAACAAUUCGAUACAUACCUCAAGUAAAAAGUAUUGUUAUUGAUUUUUAUGAAGUGUGGCCAUUUUUAUGAUGAGCAUUUGUUUCAAUAAUUGAUUGAGGUAUCUUUAAACAACGGAGUAAUAGAUUUAGAGAGUUUUAUUAAUUAAUACAAUGAGACAGUAGAUACUUUACAAUAUCGUUCAGAAAUAUUAAACAAUAAGAUCAAGGAAUUAAGAGUGUUGCAUCAAUAAUUGAGUGAUUAGUUAAAUUCAGAUGCUCUUUAACAGAACUCUUUAACCCUUUAAAUUAUGGAUUGUCAAAACAUUGAAAUUAGAGAUCCUAGUGUCUAUUUUUAAAUUUGUUGUGGAGCUAAAACACAUAAAACUAGAACGAUGAAAGGAAUCAGUCCAUAAUUUUAAGAGUAAUUUGAAUUUCCCAUAGACUCUUCUUGCUAGGAUGUCAUCAUAACUCUUUUUGACAGUAUGAGUGAUAAUAUGAUUGGGUAUACUCAAUUUUUGAUUUCUGAACUUAGAGAAUAAAAACUAAAAGACAUUAGUGUGAAUUUGUAAAGACAGGACAACAUGAAAAUCAAAACUAAAUUGCAUGUGAUCUUGAAAUUUAAUCAUUCAAAAGAAAGCCUUUACAAAUAAGAGUAAUAAAAAUUAAACCAUGAGAUAAAUUAGAAUAACAUGGAGAUUAAAGAAACCUAAUAGGCCUUAAAUUGUUUAGCAAAGGUUUUUAGCGGUGGAUGCAUCAAAAUCAGAUAGUUACCUCCUAUUCUGGAGAUUAAAGAAUUUGAAUUAAAAUGUUUAGAUGCUUUAAAUUAAGCAUCAUAAGAUAGAAUACAAGAUUGGGUGCCUUUAUUUUAUAAAUUAACUGGAUUAGUGGUUGCAUUAUCCGUUUUGAUAAGUUUGUAUAGAUGCCAAUUUAUGGAAUUAACUUUGUUAGCCUUUAUGAUGUAACUAUUAAUUCUGAGAGAUAUUAACUAAAAAUGGAUGAGAGUAUUCACAUAUCUAUUUGCUGUCUUGUUUCUUUAUGAUCUACUGUGGAUAUACAUAUGUGGAGGAAGUUAUGGUAUAACCAAAGGAGAACAACACAUUAACAAAUUCGUCACAGCACUUAGUUAUGUUGAACUCUUAGCUAAAAUUCCAUUUACUAUAGUUUUGUGGAAACAUUCAGUAGAGUUUGAAUAAUUUUUAUCAUAUUUUAUAUGA